AUGUCUAAUAUCAUUGUAUUAGGGGCUACUGGAUUAGUAGGUACUCAAAUCAUAAAACAUGCUGAAAAACAAUCAACAAUUAAUAAAAUCAUCACGUUAACUCGUUCAUUACCAAGUUUUAAAUCGGAUAAAAUUGAAUCAAUAGUUGAAGAAAAUACAGGUAAUUGGCCAUCAAUAAUCAAAUCACAAACCCCAAUUCCAGAAGCAUAUAUCUCAUCUUUUGGUACUACUAAAGCUAAAGCUGGUGGAGCACAAGAAUUUAAAGAAAUUGAUUAUGGAAUCAAUUAUGAGAAUGCCAAAGCUGCAAAGGAAUUAGGUUGUUCUACUUGUGUUUUAAUUAGUGCUCAAGGUGCCAAUUCAAAAUCUCCAUUUUUUUAUUUAAAAACUAAAGGUGAAUUAGAGGAUGAUAUCAAAGCUUUAAAUUUUGAUUACUUUAUUAUUUUAAGACCUGGUGUUUUAAUUGGUGAACGUAAAGAUUCACAUGGAUUUGGUAAUGAUGUAGCUAUGAAAUUAGGUAGAUUUGUUAAAGGUACAUGGUUUCAACCAUUAUUAAAUCCUAUUGAUGUUUCAGAUUUAGGUGAAAUUGCAAUUGAUUUUGCAAAUAGAGGAAUGAAAGGUGAUUUAAGAGAAAAAAUAUUAACUGUUGGAGGUAGUGAAUUAAUUGAAAUGGUUGAUGAUUUGAAAGUAGGUAAAUAG